UUUUUCUAUAUGGAAAAUAUUAAAUUAAUUAAACAGUAUAUUAAAAUUUUAAUUCUAUAUUUCACUAUUUUGAUAAAUUUUUGAUGUGUAUGUUUAUGGUUUUAAAUGGUAAUUAAUUACGAAUUAAUAUCUUUAAAAUCAUAGUUUUUUCUAUUUAAAUGUAAUUCUGCCAUGAAUUCUAAGCUCGUUUAUACAAUAUGGGAGGUUGUUUAGGUUUACAAAGAAACCGAAGGGGAAGAAAUUCAACGUCUGAUAAUGGAUCUCGUCCUAGUUCUGGUAGUAACAGAAAAAACCAUCCAUUAUGUCAUGAGACCAUACGUUGGAAAUCUGAUGUCCCAUUAACUGAAGGUCAAUUAAGAAGCAAACGUGAUGAAUUUUGGGAUACUGCACCUGCUUUUGAAGGUCGUAAAGAAAUAUGGGAUGCAUUAAGAGCAGCCACUACAGCCGCAGAGUUAAUGGAUUUUCAAUUAGCGCAAGCCAUUUUAGAUGGUGCUAAUAUAUCAGUUCCUAAUGGAUUUUUAACUGAAUGCUAUGAUGAACUAGGCAAUCGUUAUCAGGUACCUGUAUACUGCUUGUCUUAUCCCAUUAAUAUAGUAAAAGAGGGAAGUGGAAGAGACUCGCCAAUUGAACAAACUGAAUCAUUAGAUGAAGGAUCUGAAAUUGUAUUAAAACUUCGGCUUUCAUCAAACUGUAUAGAUGUAAAAAUGACACUUAUGACAAGAGAUACAAUAGCUCAAGCCAAAAAGAAACUACAAGCUAAAGAAGGCAUUGAACCACAACAUCAAAGAUGGUUCUUUGGCGGUAAACUUUUAGGAGACAAGUUACAUAUAGAUGAUGCUAAAGUUCUUCCUGGUUAUGUAAUCCAAGUAAUUAUAAAUCCAGAACAAAUUCAUGAUAGUUGAAUGUUAAAUGAGAUUUUUUUAAAUGUUUAACACCUUAAUUUAUAAUUUUCAACUAAAUAUUUAUUAAUCCAUAAUUUACUAAAAUUGUCUACUUAUCAAUGUAAAAAUUUAUUUACUAUUUUGCAUUUCAUCAAGUGCAUUUUAAUUUUAUUUACAUUUGUAUCCUAUUUAUUUUUGCAAUUGGUACUUACAAAUGAAUAAGAUUCAAAAUAAAAUAUUUUAACCAAUGAUCAAUUAUUUCAAAAUUAAUGUUUUCAUGUACAAUUCUUAAGUCUUCUUUCCUAGCAUACAAUGUGCAAUAUUUAUGAAUACAAGCAA